GGUAGGAAGGGUAGGGAGGACCCCCGUAGACACGAGGACGACCGGUAGGAAGGGUAGGGAGGACCCCCGUAGACACGAGGACGACCGGUAGGAAGGGUAGGGAGGACCCCCGUAGACACGAGGACGACCGGUAGGGAGGGUAGGGAGGACCCCCGUAGACACGAGGACGACCGGUAGGGAGGGUAGGGAGGACCCCCGUAGACACGAGGAAGACCGGUAGGGAGGGUAGGGAGGACCCCGUAGACACGAGGACGACCGGUAGGAAGGGACCCGUAGAAGCGGUAGACAGGAUUGGUAGAACAGGAUUGGAGCAGUAGAUGGCAAUAUGAACACCUGAGACGCAUCUCAUCUGGAUGAGUCAGUCCCUUCAUCAGGUUUUUCUUAUAUUGAAAUCGGACCUGACUGAGUUUUGAGUUCAUGCUGAGUAAUGGGUGUGUGUGUGUGUGUGUGUGUGUGUGUGUGUGUGUGUGCGCGCGCGCGCGCGCCUCGUGUGCAUGUGUGUGUCUUACCUGUUACUUGUCUACGUAGGCGUCGCCCUGAAGAGUACGACCUCCACGGCAGGAAGCGACCACGAGCCGACGGUCCGCCCGACUUCAACCAGCGAGCAGGCUUCAUCCAGGACCUGCGGAACCAGCCGGUGGACAGACGCUUCUCCAGUGUGAGGCGCGAUGUUUUCCUCAACGGGUCCUACAACGACUACAUGAGGGAUUACCACCACAGCGUUGGGCCUCCUGCUCCCUGGCAGACUCUGGCGGCGUACCCCGGUGUGGAGCAGCCGCCCCCCCACCACCCCCCCUACUACCAUCACAGCCACCCCCCACCCCCACCUCACCAGGCCUACCAUCACCACCACCACCCCCCCCUGCAGCCACAUGAGGCUCCGCCCCCUCGCUUCAGAGACAAGCAGCGAGCGCCGCAACACCGCGCCUUCACCUCCAGCCCGCACGACUACGACAUGCGUGUGGACGACUUCCUGCGGCGGACGCAGGCGGUGGUGAGCAGCCGGCGUGAGCGUGAACGGCAGCGUGAACGUGACCGUGGCGGCCCCCGCCGCGAGAGAGAGAGAGAGAGAGUGAGGGACAGAGACAGGGAGAGAGAGAGGGACAAAGAGAGGGGGCGCUACCGCAGGUGAUCGUGUCAUAUCCUGUCCAGGCUUUUAUUUUGGCUGUUUCCUGUUUUUUGUUGAAAAUUAUGAAUAAAAAAUGAAACGAGCUACGUGAUGACAUCAUCAUCAGCUGCAUCAUCAGUUAUGUGAAUAAAAUAUUUAAAAAACUGUAAAAAUACAAAAUCUGGUGAGGUUUGAUCAAAACAUGAAAGGGAAGUGACAUCACUGCACAGGCUUCAUUUACAGUGUAAUGUCUCCUGAACCUUCACACUUAAUUUCCCAGAAUCCUCUCUGUGGAGCUUCAGUUUGAGUCAGGACAGGAAGCUGUGUUUCAGUAUUUUAGUGCAGAGCGCUCGCACAGCAACACUUUUAGUUUUUUCUCUAAUCAGUGCUUUUAUUGUGAAAGUUUCUCCUGUAAAUCCUUCAAAUUAAAUGUCUAAAAACUUCCUGACUUCAACAUUUUGUAGUUUUUUUUGUAGUUUUCUGUUGAGUGGAACCUCUGCUUCAGUAACUUAUUUUUCGUCACACGAACAUUCGAGUUGUUUGUACUCGUGAUCGCCGCCUACUGGUGACGACACGUAAGCUUUGUUUCAGAUCUUUUUUUCUUUCUUUUUUUUUUUGCAUCUUUCUGAUUGGUUGUUACCAUGGUGACCAAACGUCUAGGAGAUCAGUUUUAUUGUGAAUUGAUCAGCAGCAGGUUAAACUGAUCUGUGUUCAGUCUCAGUGUUAAAACAACAAAACUUUAUUCGUUUCAUGUUUCUGAACAGAGGGGGUGGAGCUUCUCUGUUUUUGUACAAAUAAAAAAUAAAAUCUGAAA